GAGAGGGAUGUGAAAUUUUACCCAAAACGUCGUUCGCUCUGCAUCUGACAAAGGUUGUCACCUUAACAUUUCGAAGUAGCACAGAGUAAACAGGAAAUUAGUGAGAGAUGUUUUCAUCUAUUUUAACGUGAAAUUUGAUGGGCAACAAGCAAACGGUAGAGAAGACCGUUGUAGAGAACUCGACGAGCAACAAAGGGAAGCAAGUGAAAUUUCAAGAGAUAAAUAAUUCGAGCAGCUUUUUCACGAAGAGUCUACUCAGUUUAAACAGUCAGAGGUCUACUUAUAGUGUAUCCAGACCUUGGUCAAGAGUAUCUAGGAAAAGGUGGAAGGAAUCAACUUUAACUUUACCUUACGAUUCAAGUAAAACAGCUUGGCCCGUCUCGCAAUUAGAAUCGUAUUUCUUACCGGUUUUUCCCAUCGAUUCAAGACCCCACGAACAAAAGUACAAAGUUAUAGAGGAAAUUGCGAGGGGAGCUUUCGGAAAAGUUUUUAAGGUGUUAAGCGAAGAAAGUGGAGGCAAAAUUUAUGCGCUUAAAGUUCUCUCAAAAUCAAAGAUUAUAAAGGAGAACGCAAUACAGCAAGUAAAAGAGGAGGUACAAAUACAAAGCGCGUGCGGUCAUCACACGUUCAUCGUCAGUUCUCCGUGUCAUUGGCAGUCCAGGAAAAAAUUAUACAUUGUAACCGAAUUUAUCUCUGGGGGGGAACUCCACAAUUUUCUCGAGGAGUACGCUUUACCCAAGGUCCUAAUUAAGUUGUACAUCGCCCAAAUUGCUUUGGCAAUAGAUUUCUUACACAACGCCGGAGUAAUUUACAGAGAUUUAAAGCCGGAAAAUAUCUUAUUAGAUGCGAGGGGUGACAUCAAAUUAGUUGAUUUCGGUUUGUCCAAGUGGUUAACCUACGGCGGGAAGACGUCGACUUUGUGUGGAACUCCCCGUUACAUGGCCCCGGAAAUUUUCCACCUACAACCUUACGGACAUUCCUGCGAUUGGUGGAGUUUGGGGGUUAUCGCGUGCAGGAUGAUCACUUCUAAGUACCCAACGUCUUUUCCUGUUAAAGAAAACGAAUCUCCGGGGAAUUUACCAGAAGAUGUCGAAUUAACCCCAUCAGAAAAAGAUCUCCUUUUAAGACUUUUAGAUGUCGACCCGUCGAGGAGGUUACAUUCCUUAAGAACUUUACAAACGAUCGCUUUUUAUAAAGGAUACAAUUUUGAAGAUGUAAAGAAUAAAAAGCUAAAACCCAACGAUUUACUUCAAGAAUUUUCACCACAAAAGAAACAAAUCGAAGAAAAUUUCGAAACGUUCUAAUUUUAUUUUUUUAUUUGUGUAAAAAAAAGUUUAAUAGAAUUCUAUUUUGGUAAGAUAUUGAUUUUGCUCGAACAUGCGCGUAAAAGAGGCUGGUUAUUCAGUGUUAUGUCUAAACACCACUAAAUACGUUUGGUUAUAUUAAUAAAGUUUGUAUUAAAACUUU